AUGAUAUUUGUGGAGAUGAAAGUGAGUGAGUUCACCAUUCGCACUGGGCUGCGUGUCAGCUUGCGGGUCGCGCUGGUGAAGUUCACGCUCAGCUACGCGCGCCGCGAGGGGCGACCGCUCACAGCGGCGGAGGCGGCCGAGGAGGCUCGGGCAGCCGAAGGCGUGGCGGAGCAGAUGGCGGUGGUGCUGGAGGCUUUGAGGAAGGUGCCACACGGCCUGAGGACCUGCAAGUUCUUCUCGGCCUGGGAUGGAGGCCAUUUGGAGCUCCUCCUCACCUCCGCCACACCACUGACGACUGCGGCGCCCGAACGCUGCGCGGACGCGCUGCCCGUGCCCUGGCGGAUCCGCAGCAAGGGCCGGCUGUGGCACAGCAGUGACUGGCAGGCCUUCUACUAG